AUGUCUUCACCACCACCAAUCCCGCCGCUGCCCACCGCCACCACCACCGUCGCCGCGCCAUCGCCGAGCCUCUCCACAGCGCCGCUGGCCCUCCCCUCAUCGCCGCUGGGUCCCACCGCCGGCGCAUCUACCGGCCAAUCGCCGCCACCCUCCACGGGUCCGCCGCCCUCACCCUCCACCGCGCCGAUCGUCUACCCUCCGGAGGCGAUGACCGGCGUCCUCAACGAUUUGGUCGUCGCUGUCCAGGGCAUCCGGCUGUUCCUGGCCGGUACAUACGGGCCGCUGCCGGCCGUCUCCUCCGGACCGCCUGCCCUGCCCUGGUACUCAGUACCCGCGGCGAUCGCCGGGGCCCAGACCUCGUUCCACCAGCCGCCGUCCGCCUCAGCGCCAUCCUGGCCGCAGUGGCCCGCGCCAGCUCUCGCGGCGCCACCUGCGCCCUCCGCGCCCGCCCCAGCGCCGCAGUGGCCGCACUGGCCCGCGCUGGCCCCCGCCACGCCACCUGCGACGACCGCGCCGGUCCAGAUACCACCGCCGUCGCCCAGCUCCGGACUGGGCCAGCCCACACCGGGAGGCCUCCCGAUCCAGCAUGUCCGGUUUCCGCCGUCACCGUCCCCGAUCCCGCCCUGGCUCACCGGGACGUCGCCACCGCCAGUUUACACGGAGGCUGGGGACCCACCAGUACCCACGCUGUAG